AUGAGCGGGAAAGACCUAGAGCUUAUUUCAAAGUUUAUACGUGAUGUGCCAGCCAUGAUACUAAAGAAAGCUACCUCAGUCUCCUCGCGGCCGGAGACGCAGCCGGGGACAGCGCCUGGACCCGAGCCGCUCCUAGGCCUGCUCGGCACCGCCUGCUCCGUGGAGGAAUCGCCCCACUUUCUGAUCCACACCCCCGGUUGCGUCAUUCCGGACAUCGACCCCGACCACCCCAGCAUCGCCAAGUACAAAGGCAAGCCGCAGGAUAUGGUGUGCUCGACGAAGCGACCUCUCACGGCGACCGAGGACCUCUUCCUGCUGCUCCUCGAGGACAACCUUGAGGACUACGGCAUCUCCUCGAAGGCCUCGCUUCGGUGUGGGUAUCAGGGCAUCGUGAGGGUCGAGCAAGAUCCCAAGAAGUACAAUGGGGCUUGCGAUAAAAAGUUUGAGCUGCGGGAGAGCAAGCCGCUCGAGGCCCACCGGACGCUGAUUGGCGAGGACGGGGUCCUGGUCACGUGCUGGGACGGGGCCGAGCAAGUCUACCAGAACGUGCACUACUUCAUCCAGCCGCGCAGAUCCCGGGGAAAGAGACAGGCGUUUUUGAAAUCUCACGGACAGCGGGGCACGCGGCCGGAUCAGCUGAGCGUCGCCAUCAUGGGAACGGAUGCAGUGGCCAGAGGAAACCUCCGCCGUCACAUGCCGAAGACGUUCCGCUUCCUGCGGGAGGAGCUGGACGCCAUCGAUCUCAGCGGCUACGUCAAGGUGGCCGACAACACGGACCCGAACAUGUACGCGGUGCUGAUGGGUCUCACAGCCAAGGAAUUUAAGCAGAACAAGUGCAGGCCCCGGCAGAACGCCAAGUACGACGACUGCCCGCUGAUCUUCAAGAAUUUCUCGCAGGCGGGCUACGUCACGGCCUUCGCGGAGGACGCGCCCUGGAUGGGCAUUUUCCACUACAACCAGGUCGGAUAUGUGAAGGAGCCCACGGACUACUACAACAGGCCUUACUUCCAAGUGUCCGAGAAGUACAUCAGCCACAACGGCCAGUACGGCUCCUCCAACGGCAAGCUGUGUCAAGGGGGGACGCCCAGCAUCACGGUCAUCAUCACAACUCUUGGCCGUGGCUUGGCGGCCAUGGCUGACACGCCGUCGCUGAGGUACCUGAAGGAGUUUCGCGACAGAGGCUUCAACCAAAACACGGUCCUGUUCUUCAUCAGCGACCACGGACUGAGGUGGGGCGCCUUUCGCUCGACGUACGCCGGAAUGCUGGAGGAAAGGAUGCCGUUCCUCUUCGCCGUGUUCCCUCCGUGGUUCAAGGAGGAGUACCCAGACGUCUGGAGAAAUAUGAAGAAGAACACCAAGAGGUUGACGUCCACAUUUGACCUUCACGCGACGCUGUUCGAUAUUCUGAAUCGAGCUUAUGCCAACAUGACGAGGACGUACAGCGGCGCCCACGGCAUCAGCCUCUUCCGCGAGGUGCCGCUCAACCGCACCUGCGAGGACGCCUCCAUACCCGAGCACUACUGCGCGUGCGAGCAUUCCGUCGACGCCGACCCGCGCGACCCGAAGCUGAAGGAAGUUGCCGAGUUCUCGGUCUCGAAGCUGAACUCGGGCCUGAAGAAGUUCCCGCAGUGUGUGCAGUUGGAGUUGGAUGAGGUCAUCUCAGGUCGAACCGGGUCGGCGAGAAACAGCACGACCCCAAAAGGUCUCAAAACUAUCAUCAGUACAUACAUGGUGACCUUCCAGACCAAACCAGGAGGAGCGCGACUCGAAGCCACAGUCAGAGAACACGACGGCACGUUCGAACUCGUAGCCGAUGUCUCUCGAACGAACAAGUAUGGCGACCAGAGCCACUGCGUCAAGGAUUUCGUUUACAGAAAAUAUUGUUAUUGUAAAGAUCUCUUGCCUAAGAGUUGAAGGAGGGAUAUAUUAAUGUACUAAUCCGAAAAUGUGAAAAAUGCGAUAUAUAUAUAUAUAUAUAUAUAUAUAUAUAUAUAUAUAUAUUAUAUAUAUAUAUAUAUAUAUAUAUUAUAUAAUAUAUAUAUAUAUAUAUAUAUAUGAUUAUCAAUGCAAAGAUCUCUUGGUAGAAAGUCAAUGGAGGAAAGAGACUAAAGUGUUAUUCCUAUAAUACGGAAAAUGUUUAAGAAAUGAAAAAGGAAAAUAAGGAUAUGAAAUGAUUAUAUAAAGAAUAAUCAAAGCAAUAUUUACACGAGGAAGGAAGAAAGGCUAGUGAUUGCCAUGAUAAAUCGUCCGUCCAUUGUUGUGUGAUUUUUUAACGUUUGUAAUGAUAUUUGUAUACGAGAAAAAUAAAAAUAUCGAAUUUGUU